CUCAAAAGGAGACAGAUGUCUGGAACCGUCUUCCGUCCAGAGAUUGAGUCCUUUAGACCCCAGAUACUGCUCACCUGGAGAGUCAUGUGGACAUUGCUGCUUCUCUGGGUCAUCCCUGGCGUACUGUCCCAGGUCUGGCACAUGACCACAGCCCCUGUGGUGAAUGGCACUGUAGGAGGAGAUGUGGUACUGCCCUGCACCUUCACACAUCCACAGCAAAACACAUACUUUGGGGUCAUCACAGUUCAGUGGCUGUUCAGACGGUCGAACGCAAUGCCUUUCUUUGAGUGUAAGAUGAAAAAUAUCACACAGAGAAAACCGUAUCGCUGCCUGGAUCCUGAAUCCUCGCAGCGAUUCUUCAUUCACGAUGAUCCUAGAGAGAGCAAACUUUCCCUCCUGGUUAGAAACCUGACACUUACAGACAAUGGAGACUACUACUGCAGAGUAGAACUGGAGUAUAAUAAAUUCCAGCUAAAAUCUCCAACACACCUCAACGUCACAGCUCCGGUCCAGAUUCUCAGCCUCACUUGGGACAGAACAGCCUCUGGCUCAGGGAAUGGCAGCCUUUGCUGCAUAGCAGAGGGCAACCCCCGGCCUUCCAUCAGCUGGCUGCUCUCUGGCCAGGAGGAGCCAUCAGGCCAGCAGGAGGCCCCUGGAGAUUACCAGGUCAAAAGCUCAAUCCCCUACUACACCCAACAUCAGUACACCUGCAGGGCAGACAACAGGCUGGGGAGAGCAGAGGCCUCCUUCCCCCCUAGGGCUUCAUGCCUGUCUGUAGCGCUUUCUGCCUGCGGUGUGAUGCUGGUGCUGCUGCUUGGUGUUGUGGCUGUGUUUUUGCUAAGGAGGAGGGGAAUCCUGAGACUCUGUCCUUCAGACAACAGGUGUGAAGAGCAAACUAAGCCAGGUCAGUCUUGUGAGUGCCCUGUAUAUGCCAACAGCACAGACUUAGAGAAGAGACCAGAGCGGAGUGACCUGGAGGAAAUAGGAGCUGAUGAAAUGGAAUUGGUUUACUCAGUCAUUCACAUCACAGGUCCAUCUCUCCAUAGGCUUCCUCACGUCUCCACAGCAGACGAGGGUGUCAACUACGCUUCAGUGACUUUCUCCUAACGGCAGGAAACAAGAGAAGAGAUUGUUCCAGACUUGAAACCAACAUGUCCCACACUGUGUAAACUGUAAACCGACAUUUCCCAUGCUGUAUAAAAACGAUGCUUCCUUUAGGAAGUAACAACAGAAAGGUUUUUGACAGCCAUAGGAAAUCACUUUUCCUUUUGUAUUAAUUAAUGCUUAUGUAUGCAAACAAGCUUUUGGCCGUUUUUCUUCGUUCACGAGGAUACUAGAGAGAGCAAACUUUCCUGUUUUUGGUUGGAUUUAUGAAAUCAUUUGUUGUUUGAGAACAUCUGACUGAGAAAGUCUAUUGAUAAGCCACAGACACAUUGUUUGUGAUACAAAGUAUGUGGAAAAUAAACUGGGAUGUGUUUGGUUAGUUGAUGUUUGUGGCAUGUACAGGCUUCAGCUACAGGCAAACGUGGUGACAUAUCUUUAUUGUGCGUAUUUAUUGUGGGGAGUCAGGUGGCUGAGCGGUUAAGGAAUCAGGCUAGUAAUCAGAAGGUUGCUGGUUCGAUCCCCGGCUCUGCCAAUGACGUUGUGUCCUUGGGCAAGGCACUUCACCCUACUUGCCUCGGGGAGAAUGUCCCUGUACUUACUGUAAGUCGCUCUGGAUAAGAGUGUCUACUAAAUGUAAAUGUAUUUCUAAAACGUUAUAUAAUUAAUAAACCUGCAGCAAGGCAACCCAAAUUGACUGCACUAACCUCUACAUGACAUGUUCAUACCCCUAUUACCGAUGUAGCUCAUAACCUGCUAAUCACACUGUUCACAAAUUUGAUUUCAAUCGUUUAAUAACCUGUCACCCAUGUCUCUACUGGAUCCCCCCCCCCCCCCCCCCCCCCCCCCCCCCCCCCCCAC